CAAAAUGCCAGGCCAGAUAAUGCGCGCCGUGGUCUUCAAGGGCCCCUACAAAGUCGCCGUCGAAGAGCGUCCAAUUCCUAAGAUUCAGAAUCCAGAGGAUAUUAUCAUCAAGGCAACAUAUACCGCGCUCUGCGGAAGCGAUCUCCAUGUGUACCGCGGCAUUGAACCCGCCGGAACAGGGUUUGUCAUGGGCCAUGAAGUAACAGGUGAGGUUGUGGAGGUCGGUGAUGCAGUGAAGACUGUGCAGAGGGGUGAUCUAGUUGUUUCGGCGUUUACGACGUCUUGCGGAACAUGUUUCUACUGCGAGCAGGGCUUUUCAUCAAGGUGUGAUGAGAACACACUCCUAGGAUGCGAUGACCUUGAUGGCGCGCAGGCUGAAUACGUGCGAAUUCCUCACGCAGACGGCACAGUCGUCAAGGCCCCAAGCGGCGUCUCUCCCCAGUACCUCGUCCUAAUGGGCGACAUCUUCCCGACGGGCUACUUCGCCGCGCAGAAUGCCUUCAAGAACGCCACAGCUGCGCAGAUCGCGGAGCAAACUGUAGUCAUCAUCGGCUGCGGUCCCGUCGGUCUCUGCGCUCUGAUCAACGCACUCGAGUAUAAACCUAAGCAUCUCCUCGCCGUUGACUGUGUCCCGUCGCGGCUGGAUCUAGCAAAGUCGCUGGGUGCAGAGCCCUGGGAUUUCAAGAAUGACCGCGAAGCAUUGGAUAGGAGAGUUUCUGAGCUGACAAAUGGUCGAGGCGCAGAUGCCGUCAUUGAGGUAGUGGGAAUGAGUCCGGCCUUGAGAAUGGGAUUUGAGCUUUUAAGACCCUGGGGGGUUAUUAGUAGUGUGGGGGUUCAUAAUGGGGAGAUUCCCUGGACAGGGAGUGAAGCCUACGGAAAGAAUGUCACUGUGCAAAUGGGGCGGUGUCCCGUGCGAUCAGUGUCAGAUGCCGCGCUGGAGGUACUGAAGAAGAACCAGCACUUGCUUGGGUUUAUGACGGAGAACAUUAUGCCUCUGUCGCAGGCUGCCGAAGCGUAUGAUCUGUUCAAUGCAAUGAAGGUGCAGAAAGUUAUAUUUGAGGCGGGGAAAUAG